AUGACUUUGAUAUAUCGACCUUGCAGUCCUAUUCGCUGGCUUGAGGAGGAAAACCUGCCUGCGGGUGUCGUGUAUUAUCUGUCAUAUGUGCCUGGAAUCAAACGUUCUUUCCUGGUUGCAGUUCGUUUUUUGCCAGUAAUGAUUCGUGGAGUCGUAAUGCGCCGCCCACCGAAGUUGAAGUCAUAUUGUCGGGCAAACUUCUGUGUUUUUCUCCUGGGAGUGUUCAUAGGCAUGUUUGUCUUUCGGCUCCUUGAUAUGCGGGGUCUUUUUGGACGAAGAGCAGCUGUGCAUUUGGAAGAAAUAGAACCUCGCUAUUUUCAUGCCCACAACAUUAGUGGUCACCAUGCGGAUGAGCACACUCUAGCCGAUUCGAUGGCAAAGAAGGUUCGCGUUUUUGCCAUCAUCCUGACGAUGCCUAAGUCCAAAGGCACCAGGGCCGUUCACGUGAAGGCCACAUGGGCACGGCGAUUUAAUGGCUACGUGUUUAUCAGCUCUGAGGAGGACACUAAUUUGCCAUCGAUCCGCGCAGUGCACGACGAGAGUCGAGGCGCACUGUGGGAGAAGACACGUCAAGGUCUGCUUCACGCCUACAAAUAUCAUUUUAACGAUUAUGACUUCUUUAUGAAGGCUGAUGAUGAUACCUAUGUGAUUGUGGAAAAUCUACGAUUCAUUCUCUCCAGACAGGAUCCAAAUAAGCCCAUUCUAAUGGGUAGACGGUUCAAGAAAUAUGUCAAACAGGGCUACACGUCCGGCGGUGCAGGCUACGUGGUUUCACGUGGAGCCCUGAAACUCAUCGUCGACGGCAUGAAUAGUGGCAUUAGGGGCUGUGGCAAGGGAGCUUGCGCUGAAGCCGUGAACGUGACGCUAGUAGAUAGUUUGGAUGAACACGAGCAGGAGGUCUUUCAUCCCUUCCCACCUGCCUAUAUGAUCGACAAAAGGGCCAUGGAGGCAACGUCUUGGGUGCAGUCUUAUAAUUACUAUCCGCUCAAAACGGGUCUCAAUUGUUGCAGUGAUCAUUCUGUGUCUUUCCACUACGUUUCCCCGUGGGAGAUGUACACAAUGGAUUACCUCAUCUAUCACCUUCAUCCAUUCGGGAUUGCCAGAGAUAUGGGGCAGUACAAUGAACUCCUAAAGUUGCGAAAUAACCUAUUACUAGUGGCGCGAGAAGAUCGGAAUUUGGGUUAA